CCGCGCCCGCGCGUGACGUCGGCGCGGCGCCCCGCCCCCAGCCCCUAGCCCGCCGCAGCCCCACGCGGCAGCGCAGUCGAUCCCGCCGCCGCCGCUGCCGCAGCCGCCAAGAUGCCGCACCCGCACCCGGCCCUGACGCCCGAGCAGAAGAAGGAGCUGGCGGACAUCGCCCACCGCAUCGUGGCGCCCGGCAAGGGCAUCCUGGCCGCCGAUGAGUCCACCGGCAGCAUCGCCAAGCGCCUGAGCUCCAUCGGGGCAGAGAACACCGAGGAGAACCGGCGCUGGUACCGGCAGCUGCUCUUCACGGCCGACGCGCGCGUGGAUCCCUGCAUUGGCGGCGUCAUCCUCUUCCACGAGACCCUCUACCAGAAGGCCGACGAUGGGCGCACCUUCCCCCAGGUCAUCAAGGCCAAGGGCGGCGUUGUUGGUAUCAAGGUGGACAAGGGCGUGGUGGCCCUGGCCGGGACCGAUGGGGAGACCACCACCCAAGGCCUGGACGGGCUUUCUGAGCGCUGUGCCCAGUACAAGAAGGAUGGGGCCGACUUCGCCAAGUGGCGCUGCGUGCUCAAGAUCGGGCCCCACACGCCCUCACGCCUCGCCAUCCUGGAGAAUGCCAAUGUGCUGGCCCGCUACGCCAGCAUCUGCCAGCAGAACGGCAUUGUGCCCAUCGUGGAGCCCGAGAUCCUCCCCGAUGGCGACCAUGACCUGAAGCGCUGCCAGCACGUCACCGAGAAGGUGCUGGCGGCUGUGUACAAGGCGCUGAGUGACCACCAUGUCUACCUGGAGGGGUCACUGCUGAAGCCCAACAUGGUGACACCUGGGCACGCCUGCACCACCAAGUACAGCCAUGAGGAGAUCGCCAUGGCUACCAUCACCGCGCUGCGCCGCACCGUGCCACCUGCUGUGCCCGGUAUCACCUUCCUGUCCGGGGGGCAGAGCGAGGAGGAGGCGUCUCUGAACCUCAAUGCCAUCAACAAGUGCCCCCUGCACAAGCCCUGGGCCCUGACCUUCUCCUACGGGCGGGCGCUGCAGGCUUCAGCCCUCAAGGCCUGGGGCGGCAAGAAGGAGAACACCAAGGCGGCCCAGGAGGAGUACGUCAAGCGCGCUCUGGCCAACAGCCUCGCCUGCCAGGGCAAGUACGCCGGCAGCGGCCAGGCCGGUGCUGCCUCCAAGGAGUCUCUCUUCGUUUCCAACCAUGCCUACUAGGCUGCGGCUCCACCCUGCCUGCCCCCCGCCCCUCCCCCAUCCCCUUCCCAACUUGGGCUGCAACUAUAUUCACCUGGACCCGACUGGGGCAGAGACCAGCGGGCACAAGAACCCCGGCCUCCGGGCGGCCCCUCCCCCCCUCCCCCUCCCCCUGGUGAGCAACACUUCCGGCUCCCGCCCCCCCUCCAGCUGCCCGGUCUCCGGGUGGGGGCGGGCGAGGCCCUAACUACACUGAGUUACUGAAUAAAAUGAAUUCAUGAA